GCCUGUGCCUAUGGCCAUCCAAGGAUGGUGAAAUUCCUAAUAGAGAGACCAUGCCUGUUGAACCUCCGUGACAGUGAGAAAAAGACAGCUCUGAUUCAUGCCCUACAAUACCAGAAUAUGGAAUGUGCAAAUGUGCUGCUAGAUUAUGGUCCCGAUCCAAAUAUAAUGGACAACGAUGGCAACACUGCUCUGCACUAUGCUGUCCUUAGUCACAAUAAAGCUAUAGUGGAAAAGCUGCUUGUGCACAAGGCAAAUACUGAAGUGAGAAACAAGAGUGACCUCACACCACUUGAACUUGCUAAACUUGCAAACAAUGAUGAUAUGGUGGAAUUAUUAGAAACCAGAGCUGCAAAAGACGAUCAGAGGAAAAGCAAGCAACAACAACUAACUUCUGAAGAAAAGGGACCCCAAAAAUCUGAAAGUCACACUGCUGUGAUUGAUAUACCUGAUGAAGACUCUUUAAACAGAUGCUUCUAAAUUUGAAGCUGAAUCCUAUAGAGCUUGUCCUGUAGGAUCAGUCAGUCAAGUUCAUGUCAAGAUCUACUUUUGAAAAUGCAAGAAGAAUAUAAAGAGUUUUUGCUGAAAAAUUACAUGAUCUGAAACAUAAAUAAUAAAAUACUAUUUACUGGGCUGUUUACAUAACAUUUAGUUUUCCAUUAGACAUGUGAUGUGAGCUUUUUAUUAAGAAAAAUUUUUUUUAUCAUAUGUUUGAUGAGAAUUUAUAUAGCAUUUUAAACUGGGGUAAUUUGGGGGCAUCUAAGUAAGUUUUAAGCACAAUUUUUAAAUGAAAGCCAGCACUAUUGAGUUAUACAUACUCAAAUUGCCCAAAUAGUAACUGUUUAAACAACAUCCAAAUAACUUGUCAUUCAUACUUUAGUGAUGCUAGUUGAUAGAUUUUUUUUCAUAUUCCAAUUUUAUUACAGUAUUUGGUCCUAAAGAUUUAGACAGACAUAAUUUUGCUAUCUGCUGCUAUGGCUUAUAAUUGGCUGUAUUAAAAUUGUUAUAGUGCCAUUGGACUUAUGUAAUUUUAAACACUGAUUCAAAACUCUUUCCUCGUGGGGGAAAUAAAUUUUUCCUAAGGCUUUUCUACUUUUCCACCUAUUGAUUGAUUUUUUAGAAAGAGUUUUAAAAUUACAAAAGUUCUAGGUUUUAGUACAAAGAACUUUUUUGCCCUGAAUUAUUUGAGAGUAAAAUGUUGACACUGCCACCAUGCCUCAUUCCUUUAGUAUAUUCCAUUUGUCUCCCAUACCACCUUCACAAUCAGAAAAUUCACCCUAAUACAUUUCAUAAUUUUAUCCUCUCAUCCUUUUCAAUUUUUACCACUUCUCUGUAGUAUCUGUUAGAGCAUAAAGACCCUGUUCAGAUCCACAGUUUACACUGAGCUAUGGUGUCUAUUCUUCUCCUUCAGUCUGGAACAGGUCCUUAGUCUUUCCUUGACUUUCAUGACCUUGAAUCUUUUGAAGAGGAAGUUCUACUAAUGUAUGUAAACUGCCCUUCAAUUUAAGAUAUGGAUUUUUUGAUGUUUCCUUAUGAUAACAUUUAGAUCAGAUAGUUUUAACAACAGCAUCACAGAAGUAGUCCUAUACUCUUCUCAUUGCAUCCUGUGAUGUGACCUACGGUUUCGAUUUGUCAUUCUUGGUAAUGUUAAUGUUGAUCAGUGAAGGCAGUAUCUGCUGGGUUUCUCCUCUGUAAUGUUU